AUGAUCGAGUGCUCAGCAUAUGUGACCGGUGGGAACUUUGCUGGCUUCGAAGCGUACAACCUCGAGGCCUUCGUCGGGCCCGGUUUUCCCAUUGCCGAGGUUGCACGCGAUGGCAGUUGCGUGAUCACAAAGCAUGCUGGCACCGGGGGCAUGGUCAACGUCGACACGUGCAGGAGUCAGCUUCUUAUGAGCUUCAGGGAAAUGUGUAUCUCAACAGCCACGGUUCAUGUCUCGGGCAUCCGAGGAGCCCCUCCUCCCUACACUACAAAACUGGCGAUUUUCUACAAAGGAGGAUACGAAAUGCAGUUCCUGGUGAACGCCACCGGCUAUGCUGUUGACGAGAAGUUCAAGCUGUUCGAAAAGCAAAUCAGGAGCAGGAUAGGCAACGAGGGACAGGCAGGGUUUGAUUCACUUCACUUCCAACGCAUCGGAACGCCAGCAUCCGACCCUCGAGAUCAGAACAGCAGCACGGUUUACUUCCGAAUUUUCGCGCAAGCGACGGAUCUUCGUUUCCACAGUUCUCUGGAUUUCCGCACCGCAGUGCCGCGCCCGUACCUGGCGUACUGGCCGUCCCUGUGGCGCCAGGCCGAUCUCGAAGAGCGGGUGUGUUUUGUGAAGGCCAACGGUGAUGUCGAGGCUCAGCUCAAUGUGGCAAAACCGCACAAAGUGAAGACGCUUCUUGGCGAUGAGCUCGGAGCUGACUUUGCCGUGGAGAUGGUUGAGUUUCCAGGCAUCUUCGCCGUGCACUUUGUGGUGUAUGGCUUCCUUGGCAGGGGUGUGAGCAGCUCCCAUCGGCUGGAUGGCUUUGGCAAGGGGUUCAUCGAUUAUAUCAGGGACAAGGUUGUGGAGGUGCCCGCGAGUUUGCUGAACAAUAAGAAUGAAUGUCUCGGCGCUUCUUCCCUUACCAGCACACGGCGUCGUCGAUUUUCGUUUACAUUCAGUCACUCGUUGGUGCACUUGUUGGCCCUCACCGUGGUUCGUAUCACCAACCUUGUGCUCGGCGUCAUCGCCGUGGCUUCGGCCUCGACCUCAGCGCAGUAUUUCUCUCGCUACGACCAGGAGAAGCAGAACAAGGAUGCCACAUGCGACAAUAACUGCUACUUCAGGAGCAUGUCGGGCUCCUGCGCCGAUGACCCUGCUUGCGUAUGCAACCAGAAUGCCAAGCGCGAUGCACUCUGGUGCUGCUUGGCCAAGAAUUGCGACUCAAAUGUGCUACCUGAGGCCAUCUGGCGCCACGGGAUGAAUUGCGACGCCUUCAAGAUCCCCAUCCCAGAGGAGUUUGAUGUGCAGGGCGUGUGCGGAAUCCCGUGGGCCUCGACGACAUCAACCAAGGCCGCUGCUACGCCCACCGCUGAGUCGAGCUCGGUCGAGGCCGGUGAGUCGUCUGCCGCGGCCGCCACCGGCAAUGGGUCCUCGGCGACAGCUGCCGUGACUACUACCACCGGGGCCGCGUCUUCGGCUGACGAGAGUGCUGCCACCACGACCGCCGCGCCCGCGAUAACGAGCCCGGCGCCCUCUGGAGCAGAGGCUUCGGUUGCAAGCGACGCCGCGACGACAGCUGCUUCCCCAGCGGCUGGAGCUGGUCCUGUGCAGCCUGGAUUUGGCGUCUUGGCUGCUGCUCUGGGCAUGAUGUUUUGGUGGUGGUAG